AUGUCCGCCGAAGACCGCUCGGGAAGCGUCUACCACAUCCAAGAGCGCGACAUAACAGUCUUGUCUUCCCAGAUACUCGAUCUAUCCCUCCCAUGGUCUCAGCUCGUCGCUCUCGAUCUCAGACCCAUCUCACUGGCGCCCGACGUCGCCCUCGUGCUUAUGCAUCGUACGGCGAUGUCCUUGCAAGAGGCAUUCUUCCGUCUGGAUUCGGACGCUAACGCACCAACCAAAGCUUCAUAUCUCAGACCCCUGAUGGAUCCGCCUAACGUCAGGAUGACGGCGCUGAAAAAGUUGAUCAUUAUUCUUGGAGGAACGGAGGCGGGCUUCUUCUGCCAGGUUCUCGCGCCUCGGCUGAAGGAACUGCGCGUUGAAAUGACGAACGCGAACAUUGAGGGAUGGAACCUCGCUCUCUUCCGCCCACUCAUCGCGUUAUGCCCAAGGAAGCUGGAAGUACUCGAGCUCGUCGACUCUCAAGGGCAUGCCGCCGUCCUUCUACGCACCCCUGAAGGUCGUCAACUCACGCACCUGGAGCUCGAAGCCCUGCUUCAGUUCAUACCCAACGUUCACACUCUCCGCCUUCCGCGCAGCCUGUUUGUCCACUCCACCACGCUCCGCAAGCUCGGGAACGGACACCUUCUGCCCUCGCUCAAGACUCUCGAAGUGACGGCCAGCAGCCUCACAAAUGCCGAAGAUAUCAUGUUUAUGAUCACGGAGCGGGUUCUGGUCAUAGAGGCUGCGAGACGCGGUGUUGGGAUGUCCACCGUCAAUGUCGGCGGGUCCUUGGAGGAGGGGGAGGAGAGGCAUGUCGAGGCCAUUACGAACGUCGUCCUUCAUAUGACGCUCGCCGAAAGGAGCGCAUUCCUGAAGGAUGUUAUUCUGGAGUAUCUUUCCGGUCUCGGAGACGUGGAGAUUCGUGUCGAAGCCAUGUGGUGA